UGUUCUAUUUUCUAACAUACUUUUUAAACUAACCUGGCACAGAUUUGAGUUCACUUUACCCGACUAUACUUAAUAAUUUAUAAUGCAUAGAUUAAAGCCUAAGAUUAAAAAGUUAAUUAUGGGCACAGACUUGAUUUACUUUAGAAAUGCAGUAUUCUAAAGGCACAAGACUGAUUUGUUUAUAAACAGACUGAAAAGCAAACAGCAGAAAGUGACACUGUUAUAAUGGAAUACUGUGUUGCCUGCUAAUGAGAUAUGAAGAGAAAGUUUCAGAUUCCAACGGGUCCGUCCUUUCAUUCAGGAAAACCUAGCACGAGCCGGAAACAUGCUAGCAAGGUUCGACUUUAUUACAUGCUUCAUCCUGUAGAUGGAGGCUGCCCUGCUAAAAAACUGCGAUCAGAAAAUGGUACUGAUGAGGGAGAUGUGGAUAAGAACAAAUGCUGUACACUCUGCAAUAUGUCUUUUACAUCAGCAAUAGUGGCUGAAUCCCAUUACCAAGGCAAGAUCCAUGCCAAGAGAUUAAAGCUAUUACUCGGAAUAGAGCCUCCUCUAAAACCAACAGAAUCUUCUCCAAACGGUCUGAAGAGAACACCUACUGAAACGACGCAAGUUAUCUCGUCCAUGCGACAGAGGAGAGACUCGGACAAAUACUGUCAGCUAUGCAAUGCCUGGUUCAACAAUCCCAUGAUGGCACAACAACAUUAUGAUGGAAAAAAGCACAAGAAGAAUUCAGCCAGGGCCGAUUUAAUAGAACAGCUAGGGAAAACGUUCGAUCUUGGGGAACUAAGAGCUUUGAAACGCAAAUUCACUUGUGGCAUAUGCAGCGUUACAGUAAAUUCAAUAGAACAAUAUUAUGCUCAUCUUCAGGGUUCAAAACAUCAGAUCAAGAAUGUCACUGUUUCAACAGAUGAACAAAAGGAAAAUGAAAGCGAAACUGAAAGAGACUGUUUUACUGAGCAGCCUUUAAGUUAAACGAAUCAACCAGCCAACUGAUCAGAGCCAAGUGACAGUCAGGAUUAAUUCCAUCUGCCAGAUGUUAAUGACAAAGUAUUGGAUGUCUCUUUCACAGAACGAUCUGUACCUGUAAGCAUGAAGCUGAAGCUAAAGCGAAAUCAUUUCCUGCCACAAACACUGCUUCCUGGUGACGAGUGGUUGUCAUGGUUUUAUUCCCCAAGUCUUUAAAGUUCAAGAUCGAAAGAUGUGAAGAGUUGUAUAACAAAACUGUGUGGUCUAAAUACAGGAUAAUUAUGGUAUCUGCAUUUUGCAGACUUAGAUAUGCAUUCUACUGUAUUUAUGCUCUGCCUUGUAGUGCAGAUAAUCCCUUUAAAUAAAAAUGUGUGCUUCAUGA